AUGCGGCUCGACGUCAAGAGACAGCUGUUCGCUCGCUCGGAGCGCGUCAAGGGCAUCGACUUCCACCCCACUGAGCCAUGGAUUCUCACAACCUUGUACUCUGGUCAUGUCUACAUCUGGUCAUAUGAGACACAGGCAAUUGUCAAAACGUUCGAGCUCACAGAUGUCCCCGUCCGAGCAGGCCGAUUCGUCGCUCGCAAGAAUUGGAUCGUCUGCGGCUCAGAUGACUUCCAAUUGCGCGUCUACAAUUACAACACCUCCGAGAAGAUCACCUCAUUCGAAGCGCAUCCAGACUAUAUCCGAAGCAUUGUUGUCCACCCAUCACAGCCCUUCGUCCUUACCGCAUCGGAUGACAUGACCAUUAAGCUUUGGGAUUGGGACAAAGCAUGGAAAUGUGUACAAGUGUUUGAAGGCCAUAGCCAUUAUGUGAUGGGCCUGGCUAUCAAUCCAAAGGACACCAAUACCUUUGCUUCAGCAUGCCUGGACCGCACUGUAAAGAUCUGGAAUCUGGGCUCGAAUCAUCCAAAUUUCACACUUGAAGCACACGAGACGAAGGGUGUCAACCAUGUUGAUUAUUACCCGCAAUCUGACAAGCCAUACUUGCUCACAACCUCAGACGACAAGACCGUCAAGAUAUGGGACUACACAACGAAGGCACUGAUUGCUACGCUAGAAGGCCACACUAGCAAUGUUUCGUUUGCUUGUUAUCACCCCGAGCUGCCAAUCAUCAUCUCUGGGUCAGAAGAUGGGACAAUCAAGAUAUGGCACGCCAACACAUAUCGAUUAGAGCAGUCACUAAGCUACGGCUUAGAGAGAGCGUGGUGUGUAAGCUAUCAACGAGGCAAACAGGGCAUUGCUAUGGGCUUUGAUGAUGGCGCAGUUGUGGUAAAGAUGGGACGGGAAGAACCUGCUGUCUCAAUGGAUGGUUCAGGAAAGCUGGUCUGGGCACGUCACAAUGAAGUUGUCACAACUGUAAUCAAGGGUAGUGAGCAUGGUCUCAAAGACGGUGCUCCUCUAUCGCUGCCUACCAAAGAGCUGGGUUCAUGUGAAAUAUACCCACAGACCUUGGAGCAUUCUCCAAACGGCAGGUUUGUCUCUGUGUGUGGGGACGGCGAGUACAUUAUUUAUACAGCUUUGGCCUGGAGAAACAAGGCCUUUGGAUCUGCCCUAGACUUUGCGUGGGGAUCCAAGGACAACAGCAAUGACUACGCGAUUCGAGAGUCACCUACGAGCGUCAAGGUCUUUAAAAAUUUCAAGGAGAAGCCGGGAGGAAUCGAUGUUGGCUUCCAGGCAGAAGGACUGAGCGGAGGCGUCCUCCUCGGCGUGAAAGGUCAAGGUGGAAUUGGCUUGUUCGAGUGGGAAUCAGGUAAUCUCGUUCGAAGGAUAGAGGUUGACCCUAGAGAGGUUUAUUGGUCCGAAUCAGGCGAACUUGUUGCCCUUGCGUGUGCUGACAGCACCUACGUUCUCCGCUAUAACCGCGAAUCUUACCUCGAAGGAUUCAACGCUGGCCUUGCCGAUGAAGAUGGAGUUGAAGCAGCCUUUGAGAUCGUAACCGAUAUUCAAGAUUGCGUUCGAACAGGAGAAUGGGUGGGCGAUUGCUUCGUCUAUACUAACUCCACAAACCGACUCAACUAUCUAGUUGGUGACCAGACAUACACUAUCGCUCACUUCGAUCAGGGCAUGUACCUACUUGGCUACAUACCCCGAGACGGACGCCUCUACCUCGCAGACAAAGACGUGAAUGUCAUCUCCCACUCUCUCUCCCUCACGGUCGUCGAGUAUCAGACCCUCGUUCUACGCGGCGACCUAGACUCCGCGCAAUCCCUCCUCCCUGAAAUACCCAGCGACCAACUCAACAAGAUCGCCCGCUUCCUCGAAGGCCAAGGCUACAAAGAGCUCGCCCUAGACGUCGCCACCGACCCCGAACAUCGGUUCGAGCUUGCACUGAGCCUAGGCAACCUACUCAUCGCGCUUGAGAUAGCCCGAGAAGCAGAUGCGGAGCAUCGCUGGAAAACGGUCGGCGAUGCCGCACUCGCAGCGUGGGAUAUCAGGCUAGCAGAAGAAUGCUUCACGCACGCUAAAGAUCUGGGAUCUUUGUUGCUGUUGCAUACAAGCACGGCCAACAAAGAUGCGCUCAAGAAGCUAGCUGCACAAGCUGAUGCAGCGGGUGCGAAUAAUGUCGCCUUCUCGGCGUUGUGGGCUUGUGGAGAUGUGGAAGCCUGUAUUGAGUUGCUUGUGAAAACGGGGCGGGUGGCUGAGGCGGUUUUGUUCUCGCAGACGUAUCGACCCAGUCGGGCGCCAGGGUUGGUGAAGCGGUGGAAAGAAGGGUUGGAGAAGAAUGGCAAAGGCAAGAUUGCUAGGUUGAUUGGACAGCCGCCCGAUAAGGAGGAGGGGCUAGACGGGGAUCAGGAGCUGUUUCCUGAGUGGGAUGAAUAUCUUAUGUUGGAGAAGAGCUCGAGGAUGGGGAUGGAGAGCGUGGAGCAGAGGUUGAUUGAUGGUGAGGGUGAUCGGGUCAAAGGCACAAACGGGAAGGAUGGAAAUGGCGGUGCGGACGCAGUGGCCAGGGCCAAUGCAAUUAGUCAAGUACCAGAGGAUCCGGAUCCGGUCGCGGCUGAGGCUCAGGACGAUGAUGAGCUAAGUUAG